AUGCAGACCAACGAGGGUCAAAUCACAUCCACGUCUUCAAGCGAUCGCAACGAUCCAGACACGACAUCGGUGACUGCGAGUCACAUGUCACAGGCACUACUCACGCCAACCCUAUUGUCACAUGGGCAAGUAGGACGAACAUGUACUUUGCCAACUGCAUUGGUACACAUCCGCAACUCUCAAGGCACAUACACAAGCUGCCGAGUGCUACUCGACACGGGCUCGGAGUUAUCAUAUGUAUCGGAACGCUGUAUUAAGGCACUGGGUCUUAAUCGGGCUCCAGGCCGGAUUCUCAUUUCCGGCAUUUCUUCAAUCAAGGCUGAUACCACGAGGGGAUUCAGCACACUCACGAUCAAACACGGAAUUCAACUCGGCAUCGCCUAUAGACGUUCUACUAGGCACCGGGCUAUUUUAACCGGCAACAGGAAGCUGGAUGCACAAGGCAACAUAAUAGCUAUUUCAACAAUCUUUGGAUGGGUUAUCACAUCGAUUGCGUAUCAAAAUCCAUCAAUCACCACGUCAUUUUUGUCUACAGUCGAUAUCCAUGCUACUCUACAAAGGUUUUGGAAAAUCGAGGACUCCCAAAUCACCACUCACCAUGAUACUGAAUAUGUUAAGGUUGAAGAGCAUUUUCAAACCACGCACUCACGCGACUCCAAGGGAAGAUACACCGUAGAGCUUCCAUUCAAGGAUGCAGAUCCACAAUUCACUGACACUCUGCAGGGAGCAACCCAACGCUUUACUUCUGUGGAGCGCCGUCUACAUAGAGACACAGAUCUGCACUCACGAGUCAUUGGCAAGAAUGUCCUCACCUUUGAGAAAAUGCACACACUUCUCGCCCAAAUAGAAGCUGUGGUCAACUCACGUCCACUAUUCUCAACUUCGGACACUGAGGUCAACUAUCUGUCGCCAGCACACUUCCUCAUUGGUCGUCCCUACACGACAGUACCAGAAGGCGAUCUAUCAACUGUACCAAUCAACCGUUUGGAUUAUCGGCAACAGACUCAAGCUAUGCUGCAAGGCUUCUGGAAACAAUGGCACAUGGAAUAUCUUACAUCCCUCCAGCAUCGGCCAAAGUGGAUGAACAAAUCGGUCAACAUGGCCAAAGAUGACAUCGUGCUCCUUAAGGAUUCUCACACCCCGCCAGCAGCAUGGCCUCUCGGAAGAGUCAUCGAAACGUAUCCAGGGAAGGAUGGAAUGGUCCGCGCCGUACGACUUAGGACUCCAACUGGAGAAACCACCCAUCCAAUUGUGAAGCUCGCCCUAUUACCAAAUUCUGAAACAGUGUUUCAGGGGAGGCCGGGAUGUUGA